ACUUCCGGGGCUCGCACCGCCCCGCUAUCCAGCCAGGGCUCCGGGCUCAAGCAUUUGCUCGGCGGCAACCUCCUUCCGACCUGCCCGGCGGCAGCCUCCUUCCGACCUGCCCGCCGGGACCCAGGGGACCGAGCCGAGCCGAACCGCGGGGCCCGCUCCGGCCCGGCCAUGAGCGCGGCCGCAUGAUGCGUCCCUGCCUCGGCCGCUGCAGUCGCCGCCGCCGCCGCCGCAGGCCGGGAGGAGCCGCAGCGCCGGGCGACCCCGCCCGGGCCUCGGAUCCAAUCACAUAGGACAGUAUGCACCUUAAGAUCCUGAAGAAACGGCACAAAAUGUUCAAGUGAUGUUUAGAAAUAAUUUGUGAGGGUGCGUCAGGGAAAUCAUGCAGCCAUCAGGACACAGGCUCCGGGACGUCGAGCAUCAUCCUCUCCUGGCUGAAAAUGACAACUAUGACUCUUCAUCGUCCUCCUCCUCCGAGGCUGACGUGGCUGACAGGGUCUGGUUCAUCCGUGACGGCUGCGGCAUGAUCUGUGCUGUCAUGACGUGGCUUCUGGUCGCCUAUGCAGACUUCGUGGUGACUUUCGUCAUGCUGCUGCCUUCCAGAGACUUCUGGUAUUCUGUGGUCAACGGUGUCAUCUUUAACUGCUUGGCUGUGCUUGCCCUGUCAUCCCACCUGAGAACCAUGCUCACUGACCCUGGGGCAGUACCCAAAGGAAACGCUACGAAAGAAUACAUGGAGAGCUUGCAGCUGAAGCCCGGGGAAGUGAUCUACAAGUGCCCCAAGUGCUGCUGUAUUAAACCCGAGCGUGCCCACCACUGCAGUAUUUGCAAAAGAUGUAUUCGGAAAAUGGAUCAUCACUGCCCGUGGGUGAACAAUUGUGUAGGAGAAAAGAAUCAAAGAUUUUUUGUGCUCUUCACUAUGUAUAUAGCUCUGUCUUCAGUCCAUGCUCUGAUCCUUUGUGGAUUUCAGUUCAUCUCCUGUGUCCGAGGGCAGUGGACUGAAUGCAGUGACUUUUCACCUCCGAUAACUGUAAUCCUGUUGAUCUUCCUGUGCCUUGAGGGUCUUCUGUUUUUCACUUUCACUGCAGUUAUGUUUGGCACCCAAAUCCACUCCAUAUGCAAUGACGAGACGGUAAGCUUUGUUCUCCACUGUGUGGACUUCAUAUGUGGUCCAAGCUUGAGUAAAUGGAAAAUCCUAAUGUCAACAAUAGGUGCCUGUGCACUGACUCGGGAGCGUAAUGGGACGGUCUUGAUGAGCUUCAUCCAGCUCCGUGUUUGCUGUUUCUUUCAUUCUGGGCGGUGCAUAUUUCUAGUCUCAGUUUGAUUUACGAGUCAGCAGAGCCAGGCAGAUUCCCAGCUCCCAGUGCAGUUGGUAAAUUUCAGGGAAUUGACUGCCUUUAGGGCCUGGCUCUGCAAGCCUGGAGUGGCGCUCAGUUAAUGUUUGUACACAGUAACUAACAAGUGAAAAAUAUUGGUGCCUGGCUGGGAGGGCCAUUGUGGUAGUCUGGGCUGGCCGCAUGGCCGCAGCCGGGCUGGGCUCACAGUGGCCACGGGGUCUGGAUCGGGGCUGCGCUGGGAAGGAGAGUUCACUCACCUACCCUCCGUCGAGCGCACGCUGUGCUUGAGCACGGUGGAUUCUGAAGCUUGGUGGGGUCUGCCGAGCUUCCACAGCUGCUGCUGCUGCUGCUGAGCUUUUCUUUCUGCUUCCAGGAGAUCGAGCGAUUGAAAAGUGAGAAGCCCACGUGGGAGCGGAGGCUGCGAUGGGAAGGGAUGAAGUCCGUCUUUGGGGGGCCCCCCUCACUCCUCUGGAUGAAUCCCUUUGUGGGCUUCCGAUUUAGGCGACUGCCCACGAGACCCAGAAAAGGCGGCCCGGAGUUCUCAGUGUGAGGCCUGGUUCAUCACAGACUUCCACUUAUUUAUUUGGGGUCUGAAGGGUAUCAACAGCUCAUCUGUGACCAACAGGGCAACUGGAACCUACACAAACCAAUUGCUUGCAGCAAGCAGAGUUUUAUGUAUUUAUAGUCACAGAUGGCAGAGGAAGAGGCUCUCAGUCCCCACCUGUACAACGACGGAAAGGUGUGUGGCCACGCAAAGAAGCCAAACACCAUGGCCUCCUGCAGAGCUUGGGCUUCUGUGGAGAAUACUUCGGGUUAUUACAUGGGUUAUUCAAAUCCUCGGUCCUGAGCUGCUGUUGCCAAUCAUGAAGAGAAACAGUCAAUCCAGUGAACAGGGAUUCUCCGAGCAGUCAUUUCAGGGGGCUCCUGCUGACCCCGCCACUCAGCAGUGCACUCCCCGGAUCACAGCAGGGCGUUUACAUAGAAAGACGUUUUGGUCUCGAUUAGCUCCGAUGCUUUACACUGAAGUUGCAAAAGAUCUGUGCACUGAACAGUGAAGGUGGCUUCCGGCACACUCCCCUCUGCCCUGGAAGAGACAUCCUUUGACCCUCCCAGCAAGUCUGUGUGUGCGCGUGUCUGUGCGUGUGUGCGCGUGUGUGCAUGUGUGUCAAAAUUGCCAGUGUUGUUUAGGCGGUGUAACAUUUACCGGCUGUGUACAGAAAACAAGCUAUUUUUUAGAAAUCGACGUUUCAGGGAAGAGGGGAGAGAGCCACGGGGUCCUGCCUGUGGUUACUAUGAAUGUAUUGCUGUUGGAGGACAUCUCGAUCCAAAGAACAGCCGUUCCUGUGCGGCCCUUCGUUGCCCUCCUGCUUUGAUGUUUUAAAGAAAUCUUGAGUGCUUGAGGGCCUUGGAACUGAUUUUUUUUGUUGUUCCAGCCAAACUAGCAGUGUAUAAAUGGCACCUAGGUAAGAGCAGAGCUGCGGCUCGGUGACUCAAUACUUGGGGCAGCUCGAUGCUGUUUGUGGGGCAGGGGAGGCAUCCCGGCUGCAGAGGCAGGGCCCAGCCCUUGGGCACCUCUGGGAAGAUGAGGGGACCAUGAGGCAGCCAGCCCCUGGCAGGGGCAAAUGUGCCACCGCAGGCAGCUCUACAGCCGGGAAUGGCCAGGAUGGCGCCCUCUUGUUGGAUUUUUUGGUUAGCUUUUACGUUUUCUUCUCCACCCACAGCACAGGUGAUAAAAUAGCAUCCUUGGUGCGGAGCUUAAAAUUACGCCAGAAAGCCAACAGCUCCCCUCAUGGGGACUUGCCUUAAACUUGCCUGGUUUGUACAUUUUUUGCCGGACGCAUCAAGAAGCAAUCUGUGACAGUCUGAGGGUCUUCCUUUAAGCUUGCCCUCCACGCUAAGAGAAGUUGGCAUCUCCCUCCUGGGAACUGUUUUGCCUUUCUGUUCAUCUGUGAACUGUUUUUUGUUUUUAAUUACUCUGUACCCCAUCCGAAUCAGGGCUUCUACCACUGCUGAUGCAAAACCACAAAGGGACCUACCUGAGCCACCGUCCUAGCCAAGCGAGCAAACCUGCAGGGGGUUUGGAAGUGGACUUGGUCACCGCAGAAGCGUGUGCGCCAUUGGGGGAAGAACUGCGUCACAGCCACAGGGACAAAGUGUGGGUGAUCCUGGAGACGUGAGUUUCCGAGAUUGUUUUGCAUAUUCAUUUGCACAUUGUUGUCUGGGUUGGACAUGCGUGUGGGCUUCAGUGUGAGGCUUUUAGUAUGUAUAUCCUGUUAUCAAUAAAACAAUUAUCCAAGUGGUUGAAUCCUGUGAGACUUGGCAAGUGUGUGCAAAUCAAGUAUACUUGACUUUUCAACCUCUUCUUUCAAUGUAACUUUUAUAUGAAAUAAAGGAAUCAACUGACAGUUCUCAAA